UUUGUUUGUUUAAUCGUUGUUGGUGUAGAAAUCCAUUGACAUUGAUUAGUUUAAAAAGAUAAAUAAAUCGAUAGUUAUUUAACGGUUUUAUAAUAAUUGGAAAAAUUGGAAAAACAUGGUUCACGUCUCCAAGGGAACAUUAAUUACAUGUGAUCAGUCAAUGAAACAAUUUUUAUUACAAUUGGAUCAAACUAACGCUCUUGGAAAAAAAUUCAUUCUUCAAGAAUUGGAUGAAGAACAUUUAUUUGUUUCAACUGAUGUAUUGGACACAUUGGAAGAUCGUGUUGAUGAAUUAAUGGACCAACUUACUUUCACUCAAAAUUAAAACUAUUUAAAUAUUUAAUUAUUU